UUCUUGAAAUCCUUUCCGAUCGGCUUGUUUCCCUAAGUAUUAGUCAAGAGCAAUGUACUGGGUGCCAGGCAGGCACCUGGUUAAGGCUGGGAGUGGCGGCAGAUGGGCAGAGAUGGAAGGGUAAGAAGCACCCAGCGCGCAGGGGGCACCUGGAUGGAGGCAGCCGGGGCGAGACGCGAACGGCUGGCAGGUUCAGCAACUGGAGGACUAACCACGGACCUCAGGGCACCUUCGGUGGGGGCAGCAAAUUAGAAAUCCCGACCUGGACUGACUUCCUGCCCGGGAGGCCCCGCGGCCUCGGGCUCUGGGCGCGGGCCAGGGGGCGGCGCCGCGCCGGGUCGGAGGCGCUUCCUGGGCGCCGCGGGAACGGAGGAGCGGGCGGCUCGGGAACGGAGGAGCGGGCGGCGCGGGACGGCGCCAUGGAGGACGGCGUGCUCAAGGAGGGCUUCCUCGUCAAGAGGGGUCACAUUGUCCACAACUGGAAAGCACGGUGGUUCAUUCUUCGGCAGAACACACUGCUAUACUACAAGUUCGAGGGGGGUCGGAAAGUGACCCCUCCCAAGGGCCGCAUCCUUCUGGAUGGCUGCACCAUCACCUGCCCCUGCCUGGAGUAUGAAAACCGACCGCUCCUCAUUAAGCUGAAAACUCAAACAUCCACGGAGUACUUCCUGGAGGCCUGUUCUCGAGAGGAGAGGGACGCCUGGGCCUUCGAGAUAACAGGAGCCAUCCAUGCGGGGCAGCCGGGGAAGGUCCAACAGCUUCACCUGCUGAAGAACUCCUUCAAGCUGCCCCCUCACAUCAGCUUGCAUCGCAUCGUGGACAAGAUGCGCGACAGUAGCUGCGGAAUCCGGCCAAGCCCCAACAUGGAGCAGGGAAGCACCUACAAAAAGACCUUCAUAGGCUCCUCCCUGGUGGACUGGCUCCUCUCCAACGGCUUUGCAGCCAGCCGUCUGGAGGCUGUGACGCUGGCCUCGGUGCUCAUGGAGGAGAACUUCCUUCGGCCAGUAGGCACCCGAAGCAUGGGAGCCAUUCGCUCGGGGGAUCUGUCUGAGCAGUUCCUGGAUGACUCCACGGCCCUGUACACAUUCGCUGAGAGCUGCAAGAAGAAGAUAAGUCCCAAGGAAGAAAUCAGUCUUAGCACCAUGGAGUUAAGUGGCACUGUGGUGAAGCAAGGCUAUUUGGCCAAGCAGGGGCACAAGAGGAAAAACUGGAAGGUGCGGCGCUUUGUUCUGAGGAAGGACCCGGCUUUUCUGCAUUACUACGACCCUUCCAAAGAAGAGAACCGGCCAGUGGGUGGGUUUUCUCUUCGUGGCUCCCUGGUGUCAGCUCUGGAGGAUAAUGGCGUUCCCACUGGGGUUAAAGGGAAUGUCCAGGGAAAUCUCUUCAAAGUGAUUACUAAGGAUGACAUCCACUAUUAUAUCCAGGCCAGCAGCAAGGCUGAGCGUUCAGAGUGGAUUGAAGCUAUCAAGAAGCUAACGUGACAAGGCCCUGAGGGAAUGGGACUGAGAUUCCUCCCUCUUACCAGAUGACACAGGAUUUCCCCGGACAAUGGGAGUAUGUUAAGAUUUUAAACUUUUUAUAUUUUGUACUGCUUUGGAGUGAGAUUGGUGGAGUUCCUUAAGUUGGCAGUGGUGCUAUUGCCUUCCCCACCUUCAUUUAACCUGUAAAUGCUGAAGCAGCCCUGUCGGCACCUUGACUUUUGCCCAUUAUCACAACCAGCCAUUCCUUGGGUACCAAAGUAGGUCUCCCUUGUCACACUGACUGGCCACGUAAUACUGAACAAAACACUAUAACCUCAUGAUGGAGCUCUCGGAAAUGCUGUCAGCACCUCUUAACUCCUUUGCAAUGAAUAAAAAUUGACACUUGUUCCUGGCUAUUACAAUUCCUAUACAAAGUUUCAGUUUUCAAAGGUUUUUAAUGCUUAAGGCUGUAAGAAUUAUUAGGCAAGCUGAUUAUAAAAACAUCUCAAGUGAGCUUAAAGCCUCAUCUUAAAAGUGCGGAUGGCGCAAAAUCUUGAACGAAAUUUUGUUUUGUUUUGAAAAAGAAGCCUUCGUAUUACACAUUGCAGAAAAGAAAUCAUGGACUCAGUUGGAUUAGUCACAUACAUAAAAGCAAAAUUACAGCUUUUCUGUGAAAAAAGAAAAAAGUUGUUUGGCAAGAUGCAGAGCAAGAGCUUUCUAAAGGAGAUAAAGAUGUCAAUGGGAGAAUUAAAUCAAAGCAUGAAAUUUUGGUUUUAGAAUGAAGAUUGACGGAAACAAAUAGGUACCAAGAAGGUUCAUCAGUUAGGUUAAUCUGAAGUAGUGAAAAGUCUGUAUCAUACAGUGUCUUUAAAAACAUUUUUAUUACUUUCAAGCUUAAUACAGUAAUCUGCCAGUACAACUGCUUAGACUUCCUUCAAUGAAUAGAUAUGUAACUUACAUUUAAGGGGCAUGAACACCUCCAAAGUGCUUAAGUAAAAGUUCAUUCCUUUCA